GUGCAGAGGCAAUCGGAAAUGUUCAGAUAUAAACAAACCUCUUUCAUCUGUUAGCAAUUUAUGGCAACGAAACGAUCAUCGACUAUUGUAAGUAUUCGUGUGGAAUUGCAAGUUGACAUCGAUAUAUCGUUUUAUACUGUUUUACUUCUAUUUAAAUUUCCCUGCUAGCAGUCUUCUUUUCUUGUUGAAAUGAUACAUCAAACUUCUUCCUUCUUUUGUUUAGUCUCAGAGCCCAGUGGAAAAUUGGACAGAUGAUCUUCCAGUGUGCAGACUAUCUGGUGUUGGUUUUUUGACCAAUCAGAGAUACAGAGAAGAUGGUGGAAGAAGGGAAGAACAUGAGUUUGAGGACAGGAAUUUUCAUUUCAAUGUAGAUGACAAAUAUCUGUAUGGUGUGUUUGAUGGACAUGAUGGCACGCGUGCUUCAGAUUUUACUGUGCAACGUCUUCCUGCAGAGCUCUUGCUCGGCCAGUUGACAGGUUUGUCCAUACAGUGAAAUGUCUUUGCUCUUUAUUCACUCCUAGACUAAGUUACUACGAGAUUAGUUGUCGCUCUAUAAACUUUUUUAUGUGUGGAAAAAUCUUAUGUUGUUACCUUUCAAAUAAAACCUUGAUGGCUUAAAAAGCCCUCUUUAAACCAGGGGUGUACCUAGGGGUACACUAAGGGGUUCUGGAAUCCCUCCAUUUUCACCUAACCUGUGAGUAGAGGUUUCCUCCUGGCAUGGUUCUUAGUAUUUAGACAGCCGUUCACAACACUGGUCAGUACUCACAUGUGGGUUGGCUUGUUUACCUUCUUGCAAACUUAAACAAGUCAAACAAUACAAACACCAGACAUGUGAAUGACUUUGUAAAUGCUAUAAAACAUUCUGGAAAAAAAAAGUCUGCUAGCAUAGUUAUGGCAUCCAUCGUGGAAAAAAUCAUACCAAUGCUGAAAAAUAAACUACAACAUAUACAUCGAAUGCAACAUAUACAUUUGACUAUCGUAAGGCUUUUGAUCUUAUUGAUCACAAUCUGUUGGCCAGAAAGAUCGAAGCCUUGGACAUGCCACAGUGGGUUCGUGUUUGGGUGCUGGAUUUUCUGUCAGACAGGAAACAACGUGUCAAGCUGUCAUCAGACUGCAGGUCAGAGUGGGGCCUAGUCCCCGCCGGGGUGCCACAGGGGACCAAGCUUGGUCCCUGGUUGUUCUUAUUAAUGAUCAACGAUCUUGAGGUCGACGUGCUCACUUGGAAGUAUGUAGACGACACGACUAUCGCCCAAACGAUACCGCGAGGUUUGACUAGUGAUGUACAAAGCGUAGUUUCCGCUGUUGAGGCAUGGUCGAUUGAAAAUAGGAUGGAACUGAACGCUGACAAAUGCAAGGAGAUGCGCAUUGACUUUAAAAGGAACACUCACAAUUUUCCACCAAUUGCGAUAAAUGGCAAGGAACUAUCAGUAUCAAACAGUGUAAAAAUCCUAGGAGUCACUAUUAGCUCAGAUUUAAAAUGGAAAGAACGCAUCUCAGAGUACAUUAAGAAAGCGAACAAGCGCCUUUAUUUUAUUGUUCUUCUAAAGCGUGCCAACGUUCCACUGAGUGACAUUGUGAAUUUUUAUUGCACCGUGAUAAGACCUGUUUUAGAGUACUGUGCGCCAGUUUUCCAUCGUGCGCUUCCACAGUAUCUUAGUGACGACAUCGAACAAGUGCAAAAGAGAGCGCUCUCCAUCAUUUAUCCUUAUGCGUCGUAUUCAGAAUGUUUGGUCAGGUUCGAUUUAGUAACCUUGCACGCUAGACGCGUGGCUCUGUGUAGCAAGCUUUUCGAGUCUAUCACGUCAUGCCCGGAUCACAAAUUCGUGCCUGUCUUACCUCCUAAGAGAGAACACAGACAUAAUCUAAGACAGUCCAGGGCUUAUGCCAUGCCCCGUACACAUACAAAUCGUUUUAAGAACACUUUUAUUCCAAGUAUGUGUACAUAAAUUUUAUCUAUCUAUCUAUCUAUCUAUCUAUCUAUGAUUCGAGAUUUGCAAAAUAUAAUAUGUUCACCAACGAAAAAUUAAAUAUUAAGCAAAUUAAUGUUGUGACUACAAACAUGAGUCAAAAUUUUGAAAUUUGAUUCUCAAAAAAAUGCGAAUCGAGUUGAAAAAAUCUGUGAUAUUUGGUAGCCAAUGAACCGCUACUUUGAAUCAAAGCCUUGUCUUGGUGAAGUGAAGACAUGGAUUGACAACACAACUGGUCAGCAUUGUCUCUUUCUCGACUCACAUUUUUUUUGGACUCAAAUUUCAAAAUUUGACUUGUGUUUAUAGUCCCACUAUUUGCUAAUUAUUUUUGUGUUUACGAAAAUAUAUUUUGUAAAUCUUGAAUCUUAUUUCGUUUUGCAUUCAAUGUAUUUCACAAUAAUAUUUUUGAUAUACGUAUUGUGUUUUCAACAUGUUUUUUAACACUGGUAUGAUUUUGUGUGCAACAGAAUGCCAUACAUAGUACUUUUCUCCUUAAAAAAUAGUAGUCUUGAGUUUUCAUAUGUCAAUGAAAAUACUGCUGUUACUAGUCCAUUGUGUGAAAGAUGCAAAGUGUUUAAAAGACCCUGUUUGCUAAUUACAAGCACAUGAGCAUGGAAGAUACCUAUACGAAGGCUGUUUACUCAUGUCAUCGAGUCUCAGCUUGAUGUUUUAGUGAGGGAUAGUGAAUAUAUGGUAGGCUUAUAACUGUGAGGGCCUCUGCUGUCAUGUUGUUUCCUUACUGUGCUUUUCAAGAACACACGAACUCUGAAGCUCAAAAGGCAACUGACGUUUGCGUGUUUUGCUGCCGUCAAUCAUGAUAACGGACCUCCUAGGAAACAGAACUUUCCUUAAAUGGGUUCAAAAGGUCAAGGCUUGAGAUCUGUGAUUGGUGGAUUUCAAUCCGUUUUGUGUGUUUCUUUGUUUCAAAGUUCGUUACUUGUGAUCGUAAUUAUGAUUGAUGGCAGGGAAAAACACAAUCGUAAAGGCGGCUUUUGAACUUUAGAGUUGGCGUGUUUGUGAAAAGCGCAGUAAGUAAAAGCUUUGUUUCACAGUAGACAGUAAAUACUGCUGAUGAAUAGUGUAAGAAAUAGAAUUAUUGUAUUAUCCCUCCGUCGCUUCCACAGUUACGAUGAAUGAUGAACAGAUCAAGGGAGCUAUCAGACAAGCCUUUAUUGCUGUUGAAAAAGGUUUUUUCCAGUCUUUAGAUGACGCCCUUGCUGAGAAAUGGGAACUUCAGCUACAACUGCCAGAGGUAGGAAUUUCUACCAAUGGACAAACCUACAUUGUGAUAGAUGGGGUAUAAGAGGCUUUUUUUCACAGAUAUUGCUAAGAGCUGGCUAGUAACAGAGCUAAUUUCAACGGCUGAAAGAGAGGUUACCACUGUCUCAAAUUGCUCUGGAAAUCAAAGCACUGGGUAAAAUUGAAGGUGCAGUUGACUAAAAAUGGGCUGUAAAAAUGUGGUAUAAAAUGCUCUAGCUUCUAUUGCAAGGUUGAGAGGCACUCUUGCUUGCACAGGAUAUCACAGUGUUGUACCUUACUACAUGAACAUCAAUUUUCGAAGUCAAAAUUAUCCAGGAAAGCUGUAAAAUGUAAAAAAAAAACAGUGGUUGUGAGAUGCAAACUAACCGGCCUUCUUUUGCAAUUUGUUUUCAAUUUAUCACCAAAAUGGUCACAUGAGCCCAGUUGGGGUUAGUUUCCAUACAGGAGCAGGGGUUUCAAUAAGCACCAAUGAAUAACGGAAUGUGUCAGCUACUUUGCUUAGAGAAGUCAGCUAAUUUUUAAUUCCCGAAAGAAGAAGCAACUACUUUUAAUAACAUUGUAAACAAAUAAUAUAUCAUUGAUUGAGCGGCUGAUAAAUCAAAACACAUUUUCCUGAAUGUGCUCAAUUGUACUCAAUUUUAGUCCACAGAACGCCAGCAAUUGCAUUUGAAGGCUUUUCAAUUUCAAAAUUUUCUGGGUGAGCAUGCUCCCAGACCCCCAUAGAAAAGAGGAAGUAAUGUGGGAACUCCUUGUUGUUACAGUCAGAUACUCUAUUCAAACCUGCUGUCUACUUUAAUUAUUAUUGAAACCACUGCAGGAGACAAAAAUUGACCUGCCUUCCAGGCCAGCCUUUUUAACCAGGCUGCCUUACCUGCAUAUAAGCAGGCCUAAUGGAAGCAACAGAUGUCAAGGAUUGAACCCUGCUCUAAAGAGUUUGACAUGUUGGUUGCCUGAACACCUAGCCUCCACCUUGGAGAAUGUUUAAUACAAUUUCUGCAAAUUACCACAACCUGGUUAGGUCAGUUGUGCUUAGUGCAGAUGCUGUACUUCAUAUGAGCUGAAUCAAAUUCACUGAAUUAUUUGAACUCAUGUGAAGUACAGUGAAAUUUUAAUCACAUUACUGUACGGUGAAUUGAAUUGAGAUUGGCUCAGCCAUUCUUCACACCUGGCUCAGCGGGGAAUAAUGGCUGUGGACUGUCAUUGAUUUAGAUGUCAAACUUCACAUAAGCCAAACCAAAUGCAUAAAUUUUUAUAAGGUAGUUUAUGGAAAUGCACUUUUUUCCCUUUUGAAUUAAGUUCAGUUCGAAGAAAGAUCGACAUCUGAAUCUAAGUAAUUGGAGUCUGCCUAAAUUCGAAUUCAGUUGGGCUUAUGUGAACUAUGGCUUCUGAACCCGGCCUUGGAAAAGCUCUGGUAAGCCUGUCAGGCAAAUUGUUAUAGGUUUGAGCCCAUAUAAGUCCAGCUCUUAAAAUGUUGGUGAGUUUGCUGUGGCUAUGAUUAUGUGAGCUAUGAGACCUUGUUUCAGUUGACAGUAGGUUAUCACAUUUUUUGAACAGCGAAGGUGGGCCAUCAGCCCUGUCUAUGUGAUCCAUUCUUGACAAUUUGAAUAAAAGAGUAGGAAUUUAUAUCCUGUUGUGAUUGCUCACUUUCUUUGAUUGUUUCAGAGGAAGUGCGGUCUGUGGAAACACAGUUACUGUACUAGGUUUAACUGUUUUGGUUUCCUUGCCAAACAAUAUCAGCCUCUGGUUAAAGGCCAGGGGAACACGUAUCAAAGUUUGUAAUUUUUUCAGGGUUUGAGUUCCUAUGAAGCUUAUCAAAAGUUUCCAGACCAUGUUGCGAGGAUCCAAGCUUUACAAGAUGAGAUCAGUGGUGGCACUACAGCAGUGUUGGCUCUUAUAUUCCAGAAUAAACUCUUUGUAGCUAAUGUGGGUGACUCCAGAGCACUUCUUUGUAGGGUGACACCAGAAGGCAACCUCUCUGUUCAACAGGUAAUCGCCAAGACCUUUUAAUAACUUGUAAUGAUCGAAGGUUAGGGAGAGUUAGUUAGGGCGAGCUUUGCGCAACUUUAACGUGAUAGAUGUUCGAAACGCGUGUGAUCAUAUUACAAGUAAUAGGAGGUCCAAACAUGUGAUCAGAUUGUGUUUUAAGUUUUCCGUUCGUUCUUAGUAGAAGUCUAAACAAAUGCUAGCUACAUAAUUCUGUGCUGUGUAUGACUUGUGUAACAGGAACCUCCCGAUUACGGUUGCUAGCUCAUCUCAGCUCAUCCUCGGCAAUUACAUAUCUCUGGUUUUCAGCUGACGUCACAGUGGCCAUGCUGGUGGACGAAAACAAAACAGUUUCUCUCCACUGGGAACUAAACUCUGAUUUCAUGCAAGUUCUGUGAAGAAAAAUUUUAUUGUUUUGUCCAACAGCACGGCCACCUUGUCACACGGUUGAAAAUAAGCAAUAAUAUAGUAACUUUGUUUAUAAUAGUGAGAAAUGAAGUCAUUAGUGGCAGGGAAAUAAAAAGCUUCAUCAAAUGGGUUUAAACUUAAGGGGGCACCUGGACAGAAGUGCUGUUCAAUUGCCUAAGGCCAGCGUGUUUUACUGACUAGCUGUUGGACAGGCAAGCAACUUUUGCCAAUAUAAAAGGAAAUAUUAGUGAAAAAGUGGGUUAGUAAACCUGCACAACUGUCCAGGUGCCGGUUUCUCAAACGUCAGGGUAACUUUUCCAGCCUGGAAAGCUGUUUACUUUUAUGUUAAACUUUGUUGUGUUUGCAUUUAAGAUCAAAGUUUCGAUAACCAUGAAAGUGAUUAUCAAUUAACAAAGCAAAAUUGACCGGUUUGUGAGCUAGGAACUGUGCUGCUAAAUAGGUUUUGAUUUUAAAAUUUGCCUUCGGGCCCGAAAAGUUACUGGGCGUUUCGAGAAAUGGACUCCAGGCAAGUAAAAUUCAAUUGCAGCUUGCGCAAAGGGCAAUUUUUUUAAAAAAAAUUUCAUCUCAUCCUGAGAGACAAUCACUCUACAUGUGCAUCAGUUUUACACAUUUCUGCACAUAAUUGUUGCUUUCCUUUGGAAAACAACCCUGCAAAAUGGGCAAAUUGAAAGUUUCAGGGACUACCCAUAGUCUACAACAACUCACCUGUUUUAAUAUUUUUCAUGUGUAGUUAAGUGUCGACCAUGUCACAAAUAACAAAGAAGAGCUUGAACGUCUGGCAAAACUUGGCUUGGACAUUCAACAAAUUCUGCGAAAUCGUAGGAUUGGAAAUCAGGAGAACACUAGGAGCAUUGGUGACUAUGGCGUGAAGGGUGGCUACAAGGAUUUUGAUAUUUUGAGGUGCAAACAUUAAUAUGUCAUUCAAGGGACUGAUUCAGGGGCAGUGAUUAGCGCAAUAAAUUGAUUAGGUGCUAAACUGUGUAGCAGCAGGCCCUGUUCAUGCAACUUGUGCAGAUCGUGCUCUAUUGAGUUUUACACCAUUAUUGCUUUCAAUGAUGAUUAUGCAUUCAUUAUUGCAUCCAAAGAAGACACAAAGAUCACCUCCAUCCAUAGUUUGCUAUUAUUGGGUUUUCAACCUUGCAUUUUCUGUUAUGUACAAUUAUUAACUCCAAAAUUAUUUUGACUCUUAUUGAACUCAAACAUGAUUUCUUUUGCUUGUAUUGGCAGUUGGGGCGGGUGGGGGGUCGGGUAUGUCACUUUAUACAGUCAAACCAUGCGUUAUGGACACCCAGUUAAUACGGACAGCUUAUGUAGCCCUCUCAGUGUCCGUAUUAACGGAGUUUGACUGUACAUGGUAUCAGUGAUAGAUGCAGUUGCGUUAGAACAGUACACAGUGAAGUCAAAACUUUUCUUUCUUGGUGUCAUUUCCAGUGUUGCAACAGAAGAGCCAGUCAUAGCUGAACCUCACAUUUGUGGCGGCAUCCCAAUUGAUGAGACAUUCUUUGCUCUUGUGCUGAUGUCAGAUGGAGUUUACAAUUCAAUAGAAGAAGCCGCAGACAUGGAGAUUAAUUCUAAUUUUGAUGUAGUUCGCCUGGUGACUGAAGAGCUUCAGUGCCAAAAUAACCUGACUGGAGUAGCACAGGCCGUCGUGGAUAGAAUAGGCAGGGCACAUCAUGACACUUACAUGAACCAAAUGCGCAAGUGUCAGAAAAGAGAUGACAUGACUCUCCUGAUUAGGAUUUUCAAAGAAGAGAUUGCUAACAGUCUGAAAAGUCCAAGGGCUGCGGGCAGGCAAGCAAUGUCAGGUAGAGACUGAAGUUUGUCGACAUUCUCCAUCUGGCCCCAGUUGUUAAAAUGGUAGGUCAUGCUAUCCAUCCAGUGGAUAAUGCAAUUGGCUUCCUUAAUAGUCUUGCCCAAUGUUAUUAUAGUGCUAUACAACUUUAUAACAACCGGGGCCUGAUGUAGCCAGUUCUGAAUUUUGAAUCCUCUAUCUUCGUCUUUAAUCGUUAUCUUUAAUUAACAUAAAUGUCUGUUGCAAGCUAAUCUGGCAAUGGGUGUCAGUCAUGUACAUGUGCACGGAUGCUCAUAACAGUGACAGCGAAUGGGAAAAUACAAAAUUUUCACUCACGCUAUAAAAAAAAAACAUGAUAAAAAUAGUGGGAAUUCAAAAAGGUAAAUUACUUCAAAUACUUGAGUGAAAGGCAUUAACAUUAGGGAGUUUAAGAUAUAACGACUGCGACGGCCACGAAAACGUCUCUUAAAACGGGAAAUUUGCGUUCUGUCAAUCUGUAUCGCGAUUACUCCAACUCAUUUACUUUGUCAAAUGCAAGUGAACCCUUUUUGAACCGAAUUCCUAAGAACCAUAUUCAAGUUCAGAAAAAGAAAGAAAAUUUAGCCGUCGCUUGUUUACGUCCUCCAUAGAACGUGAAAUUAGGCAUUUUUAUGUCGUGGUCGUGCAUUGACGGCAAAAAAAUGUAAGAAAAAAGCGUACCGCACUUGCCGAGUUGUUGUUGUCUUGUUGUCUCUAAGUCCCUAUUAACAGCGUAUACAGAAUACGGGGGUAAGGCAUUCCAAAGUGGGACAGUUCUAACUAAAAAAGAGAAAUUGUGCGCCUUAAUGUUAGACAAAAAGCGUUGAUACUGAAAUGAGGGUUGCGUGCUGGUUCGUGUGACGUACGGCGAGGUUGUCUAGAGUAGGUCAUUAGGAAAAGGUCUUUUGACGUUGCCUAUUUGAAUCUUAGAAAACAUGAUCAAGUCAGAAAUCUUUCUACGUGUUUCAAGAUCUUGCCACCCCGUCUUUGAUAUCAUGUUUGUACCACUACUGGUUCGGUGAUAGUCGUUGAAAACAAAGCGCGCUGCGCGACACUGAACGGAAUCUACGCGGUUGAUGUCCUUCUGUGUAUAUGGAGACCAAGCAACGGAGCCGAGCCGUAUUCACGUACUGGGCGGGCUAAGGUUAAGUAAGCUCGUUCUUUAACAGUACGGCUACAAGACUCUAGGUUCCUCUGCAGUACACCCAAGAUCUUGUUUGCUUUCUUUUUCACUUCCACAGUCUGUUUUGACCAGUUAAUGGGGCUGGUAAUGUAAACCCCUAAAUAUUUCUUAAAAGUGGCUCCCUCCAAAGGAGUGUUGCUGCGAGGGGCAAAGUUCAUUUGCACACAUAGCUGCCUACUGUUCAAGCCGCAAUAGGGACUUCCGCAGAAGCGUAUGAUGAUCAGCCGAAGACUUAAUACGGCGGUAAAGCACACUGUCAUCCGCAAGUAGCUUAACAUUCGGUAAUACAACAGAGGGCAGAUCGUUGAUAAAUAGAAGAAACAAAAUCGGCCCCAGACCUGUGCCCUGGGGUACACCAGAUAGAACAGUUAACCAAUUAAAUGAUGAACCAUUCACCACCACGCGUUGUCUUCUACCAGUGGGAAAAACCCGAAGCCAGUUAUUAAGCUUCCCAGAAAAGCAAUAAAAUUUGGCCUUAAGGAGGAGCCUUUCGUGAGGCAUAGUGUCGAGGGCCUUUACGAAAUCAAAGAAGAUCACGUCGACCUGACCACGGAUGUUAAGAAUACUACUCACCCACUCGUGAAUGACCGUAAUAAGCUGGGUCUCACACGAGAGUCGUUUUUGGAAGUCAUUCUGGUGCUGGAGCUGACUGAAUUUCUACUAAGGUGGCUGCAAAUUUGCUUGCAAACAAAGUGCUCCACGCUUUUUGCAACAAGAGAUGUUAAAGACACAGGUCUGUAAUUUUUAGAGUCAACAGAAUGUCCCUUUUUAAAUCAGGCAGUGAUGUUUGCAUCCCUCCAAGUGGAUGGUAGAGCACCUUUAUCAAAUGAUUGUUUGAAAAGUGAAGUGAGGAUGAGGGCAAACUCAAAAGCAGACUCGUUAAGAAUGCAAGCGGGAAUUUGAUCAGGUCCACUGGCUGUGUCAGGCCUUGUGGACUCGAGCAGCUUCUGAAUAACACGGGUAUUGAAGGUAUAUAAUAUCCGGAAUAUCCUCGUAUGAGAUUCUGGGAGAAUUGGAACGUUGUUUAAAUCUUCCCACGUAAACACAUUCUCGUAUUGUUCACGCAGGGCCUCGGCUUUUGACAUGUCGUUUGCACAGACGCGAUUUUUCCAGAAGAGGGCUGGAAUACCCAUAGACUCCGAACGUAAGAGCUUAAUAUACGACCACGCCCUCUCAAUGUCGACACUGGUACUACCGUUAGGAGACGGUGCGAUACCGCCCAUGGCCUCCUUAGUUGUGCUGUUACGUAAAUGUCUGUAGGCACUCAAGUGCUGAGCUUUUCCAAGUCGUUAAGUCUUCUUGUAUGCUCUGUCACGCUUGUUUAUCAAUCUAUUGAUUGCUGGGCCAGUUCAGGAAAGGUGGCGCUUCUGCUUUGUCAUUUUUGAUGGAAAGAACUUGGUAAUCGCCUCUUUGAUAGAGGCUGAGAUGUUGGACAAAUUCUGCUCAACAGACCUGUCCUCGGGGUGUGAAUGGAGACACCAAUCACUAAAUGACGACAUGCAGGCACGAAAGCCUUCAAAAUUCCUUUUAUGAAAUUGAUAGACUCUUCAAGGAGGUUUUGGGGCAGAUUAUGGAGCCAAAUCUACUUCGAAGAGAAUAGCGUCAUGGUCACUGAUACCUGGGACGAAGUGACAUGCCUGGAUGAGGCUGCUAAUGGUAGAAAGUCCAAGAUCUAACGUUCUGCCAGAGACUUCACGGGUUGGAGAUUUCACAGGCUGCGUAAAGCCAAACUUGUCGGUAACCUCCAGCAAGGCGUGAUCGCAAGUAUGCGCUGGAAGGUCACCGGAACUCCAAUCAAUUGCACCACAGCUAAGUCCCCGCCAAGAAUAAUAUACGGGAAACCAGAGCAAAUGUUACAAAGCUUACUACGAACAUCACCUGCACGCAUGCGUGCCCGCAUGUCGUCAUUUAGUGAUUGUUAUCUCCGUUCACUGAGACUGUAAUGACCUCGGAGCCCUCGAGAUCAAACCUUUUUCCCUCGACGGCGACUAGGUCGUUGCGAACUGCAAUAAAUACUCCUCCACGAGAAGAUGACCUUUCCUUACGGAAAAUGUUAGAGCUCUCAUGAAAGAGUCAAUAGGUCGGAAUGUCAGCAUCAAGUUUAGACUCACAUUCCAAAAUAAUAUCUGGGUGGUGCAGCUCAAUGUAAGAUUGGAACUCAGACCUUUUAGCUGAGCCUUUGAGACCGUUGAAAUUUAAAGACAUAACUUUCAGCUUCCUUUUCGCUGGUUUCCUCUUUGGAGGUACACUGCUUGUAGGACUUGAAGAGUGGAGAAGUGGCCUUGGUGAGGAGGAGUUGAAAAGGCUUCCAAAACUAUUGGAGACGGUAACCGAAAAAGGGUCAUUCAGCAGGAAAGAUGUUGAAAAGAUGGAAAACAAACAGCGAUUGCACAUCCAAACCAACUUUGAUUCACAUCCAUGUUUCGCCGCGCCAGGAUCUGAUUGAAUAUCGCCACACAAAAGGAGGAUAGGGUAUAACAGUUGUCGAGAUGAACCAUAACGACUGUUGUAGUGAUCCAAGGUGGCGGACUUCUUGUUUGCAAAGCGAUUAAUCAAGGCCUCAAAUCCAACAAGGAAAGGGCGAUCUCUCAGCGGCGAAAACUGAUAAGCGGUGUCAUCGGAACAAAAACUGACGUUAGGCAGUGGAUUAGGCAGAUUUGCAACGCCCAAAAAUAAAGAAAUUAAGCACAAUCGCCGGAGCAAUGAAAGGUGUUCGGCGACCGCUGACCGACCCUAAAUAAGCCAAUGAGCAGUAAUUUUCGUAUGGUACCAUGAGCUGUUCUAGAAAAGGGACUCCUCAUUUUUGAGUUUGUAAUUGAACAGCUGAAUUGAAGUGCUUAAAUUUGUAUCAAAUCUCCACUGUUAUACCGUUCAAACUCAAUCAGUCCUUUGUGUGGAAUUAAUUUCGCUCGAAACAUAUUGACAUUUUAGUAGUUUUUAAAUAAGUCAUGGAGAUGCUCAUGUGAAACCUUAUAAACUGUACUGAUUGUUUAGACGUUAAUGCGGAUUCAUUGCGGCGUUUUCCAAACUUGUAUUUCAGGUGUGCCACCAGCAAGCCCUGUGGUCCUUCCUGUAUCUGUACCAUACAACCCUGCGAGUGCUGCGAGCGGCGCUGCACCGUCCUUAUACAUACCCCAAGGUGUACAACCCAUACCACAACCUACCGGAAAUACACCCAGCCCUACUACCUCCACGCCUACCAGUACAGGCACUCCGGUACCCCAGGUGGCUGUCAGUGGUUCACGGUCGGAUACCCAGAGCUCUGCUGCUUCCUCGGGCUCUCAAUCACCUUCCGUGUUCACUCCUGCCGAACCGGGAGCUGCAGCAGGGCAAGGAACAGGCAUAAGCGGCGAUGAUGAAAGAGAGGACAUUCGUGUGGAACCCUAUGUGGAUUUUACGUACUUUUAUCGGCAGGUAGCCGAACUCGGAGAAGACUAUGUCUACGGCUGGGACAAAGAAAAUACUGAAGCACCCGCUUAGAUUAGUUGAAGUACAGAGUUAAACGUAUAGAAGGUUGAAAGCUCUUUUAUACUGUUUACAUUGGCCCUUUUUACAAGCAAAAUCAAUUGUGGAGUCGCCGCAACUUUAGAAGUGUAACUUCUGCCCCUCGUUUAACUCCAAAUGUGUCCGUCAACACACAGUGAUUAGAAAAUACUUUUGUUUUUUGUACCUGGCUGAAUUUAUCUUAAACAGAAUUAAAGAAACUUUAAAGGAUGUAUUUAAAAGAGUUUAGGCUUUGGAUUAGGCGAAGAGAGGAAGAGUGACGGAGCGGGAAGAGCGCUGGACUUGCAAUCCGGAGGGCCGAGUUCAAGACUCCCCUGACCACUGUUUGGAUGAUAAGACUGAUGAAAAUACCGUCACCUUUAACUAAAGAAUUGAAUAAAAUAUCCCCAACG